UAGCCGACGGCUCUCGGGAGCGGAGGGGGGGGGCGUGGUGGGUCGGCGGCGUUCUCGAGAGCGCUCCCCCCGCCCUCGGCGCCUUCCUUGCUCUUUUCUUCUCCUCCGCGCCGUCAGGGCUGAGGGAGCCUCCGGGGGAUGCGCAGCCUCUCUUAACACGGUCCUGGUUGUCUCCGGGGCGUGGGCAUUCCUGCUUCGCGGUGGUUUUUUUCCCCCCAGGGGCUGCAGCUCUUCCUGCGGGGUGGGGGGGUGCUCAGCGCCCCCGUUUGCAUCUGCUGGGAAAAAUAGGAUGAAGGAAGUAAUGUCUAAUAACAGUACAACAAGUAUAUCUCAAGCAAGGAAAGCAGUGGAGCAGUUAAAGAUGGAGGCAUAUCUGGACAGGAUAAAGGUGUCCAAAGCUGCUGCUGAUUUAUUGGCGUACUGUGAUGCUCACAUGGGUGAAGACCCCCUUAUUAUGCCAGUGCCUGCAUCAGAAAAUCCCUUCAGGGAGAAGAAGCUGUUGUGUACUAUUCUUUGAAUCACCUUGCAAUUAAAAAUGUCCUUUGUGCAAAUACAUUACUUAUGGUGCAUGCUUUUCCUGGAGACUCCCUCCAUACAAUAAUUUAGUCUAAAAGUGACUGUUUCUAAGACCACAAUUUAUUUUUACGUAAAUAUCUAUAUUUUACAUGGAAGUCUAGUUGGAUGUCAGUUUUUCUAGCUGUGCUCCGUACUAAACAUUUGUGUUAUCUAUUGUUUAUUUUGUAAUAAACAAAUUCAGCUUGGUUUCAGAUAUGUCAUAUUAGGUAGAUUUUCCCAGGUAGAUUUUUCAUAUUUGAAUUUGUGAGACCGACUGAAGGAGCAACUACACUAGAAAGCUGAACUGGAGUGAUUCAGCUUUGCUACAAUUUGAUUUAUAGCCUGUUUUAUGUCUGGAAUCACAGUUACUGCUCGCACUAAUGUGGAUUGAUUGGGGACUUCACUGUUCAUAUGGGAUGGGAUGCGAUUAAUUUUCUAGCCCACAGCCUGCCCUUUCUUCCUUUCUUCCUCGGGUUCCAACUCUGUAGAUCCUUCCUUCCUUCUCUGGCUCCACCUCUAUCUGUCCUUUUAUGGGCCAUAAAUGCAGGAAAUAAUAAUGAGGGCCCAGUGAUAAAGAUUGAAUGAUCUAGUGCUAAUCUCAUAUAUGUAACAAAUUUUUAAAAAAUAAAUUUGAAGGGCGAUCGGAGGAGAGGAAAGAAUGUGGAGGCAUGUUCCCCUGGUACUGAACAUAAUGCCACAACUGCCUACGCCAUCAAAACACCACCUACAGACAUAUACCCUGACAUUACAAGAACGUAUUGUAGCUAACCACAUGGGGGAAAGCCUGUUUGAAACAUUUAGACUUGAAAAAGUAGAAGCCACCCAGCUGCAGAGAGGGGUGAAACGCUGCUUUGGGAGCAAAAAGGGCUGGACUGAUUAAAUUCAGCCUUUGCAUCACAUGGUCAGUAAAAAAUAUACUUCAAAUUCACCAGUUUUGUAAGUGGAGCAAAUCCCACAGUAUCUGACCAUAUAGUCACAGCCUGUUACUAAAAUAAGCAAUACUUAUUCUUGGUGUUUAGAUGCAGUGGGGUCAUUUAGGAAGGGGAAGUUUAUCUUGUGGUGCUGCACUUGAUGACAUUUUAAAUGCUGGAGAUGUUAAAAAUUGAAUUUUUCCCAACUACCUUGUGGGGAAAAAAAGGUUUUAUCUGCUUUGUCACUACACUUUGGAAACAUUGUCACCCACAUCAGACAGCUGGUCCAUUCAGCUUAGAGCUACCCAGACUGACUGGCAGUCACUCUCUGGGGCUUUGCAACAGGAGCCAGUCGCAGCCCUGCUUGGAGACCACAGGGAAUUUUUACAUGCAAAACAUGUUCUGUGCUAUACAACUCCAGUCCUUUCCAUCAUUUUUUUUAUUGAACCAAGGCCAAUUGUAGAUAGAUAGAGUUCUCUAUUUUUCUUUGUAUUGCAGCAUCUUCCCAACCAAUGAGCCAAACUGAGACCAUGGUCGUCUCAUCCCACUGGUCAGAAUGGUACGUUGGAAAGUUUGCAGGGCCAGUGUGAGGCACAACUGAAAUGAAGACUCGCUGCUCAAAGGUCUAAGCUUUUGGUGGCAAAUUUUCCACAUGAUGUUUCCCAUACUUAGCCCCCAGUGCAAGAUAGUGUCACAUAGCCGUGCCUUCAGGAAUUGUUUAUAUCCCAAUUUAAGUACCAUGAAAACUGUUGAUCCUAAUAAUCUGCAUGUUCUUAGUAUUGGUCAGCAUGAGUCUAUUUUCUGAGUGGUACUUCCUUUUGGCUCGUCAAGUGUUUCCUUGAGUUUCUAAUUGACGCAAAGGGUGAACCAUGGGUUUUCCCCCCUUUUCUCAGACAAUCUUUUGGAACCUAUAAAUUCUGUGAUUUAUUUACCUUAUGCUAGAGCUUGUCAGAGCCCUCCAGAUGUGAAUGGACUGCAACUCCCAGCAUUCCUUAUGGUAGGAGUGUUACAGAUUAACAUCAUCUGGACUGUCAUACUUUGCCUACCCCCACUUCAUGCUAUGUGCUCAAUAGUAUUACUGUGUGAUCUCUUCCCUUUGUAUAUGUUUUUAA